AUGGCAGGAAGAGGUGGAAAAUAUCAGAAACGCCAUUUGGGACGUAACGAAUAUUUUCGACAGAAAAGGGAGGAUGGGAACGAUCGCGAAGUCAACAAAGAACGAAAUGAUGAAGAACAAGCGCAAAAGAAGCGGAAAAUAGAGAAUGGCGAGGCGCCAGUGCCGAUUUAUGCUACUCAAUUUUCCGCCGAGGAUAUUGCGGCUGAAGAACGACGACCGAAGAAAAAGGUGGCUGUUAUGAUUGGGUAUUCUGGAACGGGGUACCAUGGCAUGCAGUUGAGUCCAACUGAGAAGACAAUUGAGGGCGACUUGUUCGCUGCCUUUGUCGCUGCUGGCGCAAUUUCAAAGGCUAACGCAGCGGAUCCCAAAAAAUCUUCGCUCGUCCGAUGUGCUCGUACGGACAGAGGCGUACACGCUGCUGGAAACGUUGUAUCCCUCAAGUUGAUCGUCGAAGAUCCCGACAUUGUUCAGAAAAUCAAUGAUAAUCUAAGCCCACAGAUCCGUGUCUGGGGUUAUGAGACUGUGACCAAGGGUUUCAGUUGCUAUCAACUUUGCGACUCUCGCAUGUACGAAUAUUUAAUUCCUACUCAUUGCUUUCUGCCACCCCACCCAAGCACGCACUUGGGUAAGAAGACAGUGCAGCUUGCCGAGGAAAACGAGGAUAUGGAAGGAUUUCUCGCAAGACAAGAGGGAGUCCUGGACUUUUGGCAAAACAUUGACGAGAACGAGAUCAAGCCUAUCUUGGAGAAAGUGCCUGAAGAGAUCCGGAGACUUGUUCAGAGGGCCUUGUACAUUGAAGAGGAUGGCGAUAAAGGAACAGCAGUUGACAAGGAGCCACCACAAUCUGUCAACGUGAUCGCUAAACUGGAGAAAGCUCAGGAAACCUCAGCAUCCGAGGCCGGCGCACAGCAACCAAGCGACGUGCAAGAAGAAGCACCCAAGCCAAAAUUGACCGCAGAGCAAAAGGAAAUCAUCAACACCAGCAUCAAACAAAUCAAAGCUGCCUACCAAAACGCCAAACGCGCCUACCGCAUCCCCCAAAACCGCUUGCAACGAGUCCAAGACGCCCUAGACAAAUACAUCGGCACCCGCAACUUCCACAACUAUACCAUCCAAAAGACCUUCCGCGACCCCUCUUCCAAACGCAUCAUAAAAUCCUUCGUCGCCAACAAAGAACCCAUCAUCAUCAACGGCACGGAAUGGGUCAGCCUCAAAGUCCACGGACAGAGUUUCAUGAUGCACCAGAUCCGAAAGAUGGUGGCCAUGGUUGCACUCAUUGUUCGCUGUGGAUGUGAUCCCAAAAUCAUUGAGGAGAGUUAUGGACCUACAAAGUUAUCAAUUCCCAAGGCUCCGGGCUUAGGUUUGUUGUUGGAACAUCCUAUUUUUGAUUCGUACAACAAACGGGCGGCAAAGGAGUUUAAUAGGGAGACGAUCGAUUUUGGCAAGUAUGAGAAGGAAAUGAAUGAGUUUAAGCAGAGGGAGAUUUAUGAUCGGAUUUUUAGGGAGGAGGAGGAGUCAAAUGCUUUCGGUGUCUUCUUCAAUCAUGUGGACCAUUAUCCUGCAAAUACGUUCCUAUAUUUGACUUCGGCAGGCAUUGUGGCGUCUCAAGCGCCUGACGGGCCUACUAAGUCUCAGAAGGGCGAGAGAGCCGAAGAAGUUUUGGCAGGUAUUGAAUCUGAGCCUGAGGAAGAUGCGUCCGGCGCGGAGGGGGGUUGA